UACGAACCGCGCGGUACCGGAAAUCGGCCACGCAGUGCGUAAGGCCCAUCCUCCUUGAGUCUCCUGUACGGAAGUGAGCUGUGUGCGCCGGAAGCGACUGCAAGAGGCUGCCUCGUGGGGAAGCAGGCAGCAUGGGACAGUCAGGGCGGUCCCGACAUCAGAAGCGCGCUCGCGCCCAGGCGCAGCUCCGCAACCUCGAGGCCUACGCCGCUCAGCCGCACUCAUUCGUGUUCACGCGAGGCCGAGCGGGUCGCAGUGUCCAGCAGCUCAGCCUGGAUGUGCGACGGGUCAUGGAACCUCUCACCGCCACCCGCCUGCAGGUUCGAAAGAAGAACUCACUGAAGGACUGUGUGGCAGUGGCCGGCCCCCUGGGGGUCACACACUUCCUUAUUUUGAGCAAAACAGACAGCAGUGUAUACUUGAAGCUGAUGCGACUCCCGGGAGGCCCCACUUUGACCUUCCAGAUCAACAAGUACACACUGAUACGGGAUGUUGUCUCUUCUCUGCGCCGCCACCGGAUGCACGAGCAACAGUUUAACCACCCGCCCCUCCUGGUGCUCAACAGUUUCGGCCCCCAGGGCAUGCAUGUCAAGCUCAUGGCCACCAUGUUCCAGAACCUGUUCCCAUCCAUCAACGUGCACACGGUGAACCUGAACACCAUUAAGCGCUGCCUCCUCAUUAACUACAAUCCCGACUCCCAGGAGCUGGACUUCCGGCACUACAGCAUCAAAGUGGUUCCUGUGGGUGCAAGCCGGGGCAUGAAGAAGCUCUUACAGGAGAAGUUCCCUAACAUGAGCCGGCUGCAGGAUAUCAGUGAGCUUCUGGCCACGGGUGCAGGCCUGUCAGAAAGUGAGGUGGAGCCAGACGGAGAACACAAUACCACAGAACUGCCCCAGGCUGUGGCUGGCCGUGGCAACAUGCAGGCCCAGCAGAGUGCCAUCCGGCUUACAGAGAUUGGGCCCCGGAUGACACUGCAGCUCAUUAAGAUCCAGGAGGGUGUUGGGAACGGCAAUGUUCUCUUCCACAGUUUUGUACACAAGACUGAGGAGGAGCUGCAGGCCAUCCUGGCAGCGAAGGAGGAAAAGUUACGGCUCAAGGCACAGCGUCAGAACCAACAGGCAGAGAACGUGCAGCGCAAGCAGGAACUGCGUGAGGCCCACAAGAAGAAGAGCCUAGCAGGCAUAAAGCGAGCCCGUGCAAGGGCCGAUGGUGACAGUGAUGCCGAGGACCCAGGGGCACCUCCAGAGGCAUUGGGGGCAAGCCAGCCUGAAGAGGAAGAGGAUGACGCUGAGUAUUUCCGCCAGGCUGUGGGCGAGGAGCCUGAUGAAGACUUGUUCCCCACAGUGGCCAAGCGGAGACGGCGGGGCGGACCUCUGGGCAAGAAGAAGCAAGGAAAGGAGCAAAGGCCUGGUAAUAAAGGCCGAGGUCAGGGUGGCAACUGGCGGGCUCUAAAGCUACGUGGUAAAUCCCAGAGAGUCAAGAGCAAGCUGGGACCCAGAGCUACACACCAUAAUGUGGGUCCAGCAUCAAGGAGAGGAACCUGAACCUGUCUGGUCUGAUGGACCAUGGAUGCCUCAGAUUGGGGCCCGGAAGCUGUCCUGGCGUCCAGUGCAGUCCGGUUUCCUUUUAUAAAGGAUCUGCCUAGUUCUUACUUCCAAUAAACUUUAACAUGGCA